CCUGUCCGCCUGAUUCACGACCCCCUUCCGUCGCCUAACGUCCCACCCGCCCGCCUUUGAUAGCGCUUCACGACCUGACCAAUGGCUGACCAGUUUGACAUCAUCUUCGCUGGAGGAGGAUGCGCGGCCUGCGUUGCGGCUGGCCGCCUCGCCGCUGCGGACCCAUCGCUGAAGAUCCUCAUUCUGGAAGCUGGCGAGCAUACGAAGGACCUCGAUGCGCACAUUCAGCCCUUCCGCUACUUCAGCCACCUCGCGCCGACGAGCAAGACCGUGACGUUCAACAUCGGGAAGCCCUCGCCCACCAUCGGCGGCAGGUCGAUCAUCACGCCCUCGGGUCGCUGCCUGGGCGGCGGGAGUUCCGUGAACUUCACCAUGUACAACCGCGCCGCCGCUUCCGACUUCGACGACUGGGAGACCGUGUACGGUAACAAGGGUUGGCACUCGAAGGAUUUGGUUUCUCUUCUUAAGAAGAUGGAGACCUACCAAGAAGAGCCCAACCAGCCCACCCACGGAUACGACGGUCCGCUCAAGGUCUCCUACGGCGGCAUGUACACCAACGUCGGGAAGCAGUUCCUCGACACGGCGCUUGCCUACGACAAGGAGCGCGGGCCCAUCGACGACGUGAACGGGUUGUACAAGUGCGAUGGCUAUGGGCGCUGGGCCAAGUUCAUCGACCAGAAGACCGGCAAGCGCUCGGACGUGCCUCACCACUACAUUUACAAUCAGGAGCAUAACAAGAACCUGGUUAUCAUCACCGGGCAACGGGUAAAGAAGGUGCUCCUCGACGCCGACAACAAGGCCACCGGUGUCGAAUACGUGAACGACACCGUUCUGCGCCCCAAUGCCGACCAGACGAUCAAGUCCGCGCACGCGAAGCGUCUCGUUGUCGUCGCUGCUGGCGCCUUUGGCUCGCCGACUAUCCUCGAGAGGUCCGGUGUCGGCAACCCGGCGAUCCUCAAGCCGUUGGGCAUCGAUGUGAAGGUGGACCUUCCCGGUGUUGGGGAGAACUACCAGGACCACAACGUGGUCUUCGUCCCCUACUAUGCUGCGGACGACGCGGACACGAUGGACGCGCUCUUCCGGGCGGAGAAGGAGGAGGUCGACAAGUGGGCCAAGGUCUGGACGGAAGAAGGCAAGGGCUUGAUCGCACAUAAUGGUAUCGACGCCGGCAUCAAGAUGCGCCCCACACCUGCUGAGCUCAAGGCGAUGGGCAAGCCCUUCGAGGAGCGCUGGAAGACGUACUUUGAGAACGCGCCGGAUAAGCCGGUCAUUUGGAUCGGUGCGGUUGCGGCUUUCUUGGGCGACAUCACCGUCGCGCCGGCGCGCAAGUACUACAGUGUUGGUUUCUACACGCAAUACCCCGUUUCGCGCGGCAGUGUCCACAUCACGGACAAGGAGGACGCGAACGCCGUCCACGACUUCGAUGCCGGGUUCUUGACUGACGCCCGCGAGGCCGACGUCGCCACCCUCGUCUGGGGCUACAAGAAGUCGCGCGAGCUCGCGCGCCGCAUGCCCGUCUUCCGGGGCGAGUACCUCCCGGCGAACCCACAGUUCAAGGCGGGCAGCGCGGCGGAGUGCAAGGGCGAGACGUCCGGCCCCGCCGUGUUGGAUACGAAGGACAUCGAGUACACGGCCGAGGACGAGAAGGAGGUGGAGCGAUAUGUGCGCAACUUUGUGCAGACGGCGUGGCAUUCGCUUGGGACGUGCGCGAUGAUGCCGCGCGAGAAGCGGGGCGUGGUCGACUCCAAGCUGAACGUGUACGGGACGAAGAACUUGAAGGUCUGCGAUCUCUCCAUUGCGCCGGCGAACGUGGGCGCGAAUACCUACAGCACGGCGUUGACGAUUGGGGAGAAGUCAGCGUUGAUCAUCGCGGAGGAGUUGGGUAUCCAGCUUUGAAGAAGAAUAGACAUUGUAACAUUGGUCGCAUAGAACAUGGGUAGAUUAAAGAAUCAUCGGAACUGUCAUGACUUGUC